GAAUGAGUAGCAAGGGCUGCUCAGGUCCCAAACUGGAAGGCAGUUUUGCUUUGAAUGGAGCGAGUGCGACUCGGGCUGCACCACCGGUAACAUGAGCGUCCUGCCCCUGGUAGCGUGUGCCUUCUGGGCCCUGCUCUGUCUGGGUCUGCCAGCCCCCGGCCAUGGAGUAUCCUACUUUGGAGACAGUUACUGUAAAAUACAUGCCAUCCAAGACCUCACCAACUUCCACGUCACUCUGGAGUUCAAGACGAGUAAACGGAGUGGACUCCUGCUCCUGGCCGCAGGGGUUGAAGACUACCUGUCUAUAGAACUGUAUAACGGCAAGUUACAGGCGAGAAUGAACAUGGGCUUUGGAGAGGUGGUGCUGUCAUCAACACAGGGCCUUCAGUUAAACAACCUCCUGAACCACCACGUGUCUGUCAGCAUGAAGGACGCCAAACUCACACUGUCAGUUGAUGACCUGUUUCACACCGACACCGACAUUCGAGCUGGCGAAGAUGACCUCAACAUCGAUAUAGGAGUCUAUCUCGGAGGCAAAGACGACGACUUGGACGUGUCGUAUCUCAAUCCCGCCAUCCCCCCGUUCCGGGGCUGCAUCGACAACGUCCAUUUCCUGUCCCAUCAGUUCGAUAUACUUGCCUCAGAGACCACGGACUGUCAUGACACAAAAACGGCGUGCAGUUCUGAGUUUGAGGUGGCUGACGGAGAGACCGUCAGCUUCAUCAGCCCCGAGUCCUUUGUGUCCAUGCCCACGUGGGUGAGGACCAGCGGUGACAUCCACACGCUCGAGAUGUUGAUGAAGACCACUAUUGAAGAUGCACUCUUGACCUUUCACCCUGGCAGAGAGUCGGACUUCAUCGCUGUGGGGCUGGUGGGCGGCCAUUUGAAAGGUGUGGUUGACUUGGGAAACGACGACAUGGUGGUUCUCGACAACAUGAAGGUCCAGCUGGAUGACGACCAGUGGCACAGGAUCAGGAUCGAGGUGGCCGGCGACAAGUUCGAGUUGAACGUUGACAGCGAAGCCACUUCUGUUGCCAUUGACGGAUCUGAGAAGCUGGACUUGGUCGGCAAUCUCUACCUAGGUGGAAUUCCGCUCAAAAUGAAAGAUGUAUUCCGUUCUGCAAAUUACUUAUCAAGGAUGGAGGAAGAAGUGACAUCUGAAUCGUUCAUUGGAUGUCUGGGGGAAAUCAAAGUCAACAACAAGGACAAGACUCUUCAGGAUGCACUGGUCACCAAAGACGUUCACGUUAAAUGUGAAGGAGAGGAGUAUGAUUACUCAACUGACUACUUUGAGACCCCCACAACCACUGCCCCUGUUAGAAUUCGAUAUGUUGACGUAGUUCCUGAGGAAAGACACUGUUACCCAACUGCCGACAUGCCAGAACUCUUCAAAAAUGUCUCAAAGCUUCUCGAUGUCUCUGCUUUGCUUGUCCCUGAGGGAGGAGAGGCCUUCCUCGACAUCAACAAUCUACAUCCAACCUUUGACAUAACGGCAGCCGGCAUUCGGCAGUCUCAGAUUAUUUUUACCCUUCAAGACGAGCCAUGGUAUGGAAUAGUGGAUAUGAACUUGAGCAGCAGGCGGACAAACAAAUUUACACUUUUAGAUGUGGCCAGCAAGAAAAUUAAGUAUCUGCACGAUGGAAAUGAGAAGUACGGUGAUCAGAUCCAACUGGAGGUGGUGGCCCACAGCAGUGGUUACCUCCCAGAGUGCCUGAAGACCCCUCGGCGGUACGUCGUCCCAGUGGAAAUACUCCCCGUCAAUGACGUCCCUCAACUGAGUACUGGAGACAUUGCCAUCACUGAAAAUGGACGCACUCGUCUGAACCCCAACCUCAUCAAAAUCGUUGAUACAGACAGUCGAUGUGAUGACUUGUUUGUCCAUGUGAUGCCGGGGUCCAACACACCUGAGGGGUAUCUGGAGAAUACCCAGCAGCCAGGAGUGGCCAUCGAUCAAUUCACCUGUAGGCAGUUGAAAGCUGGUCUCAUCUACUAUGUCCAUAAGGGCGGGAGCAGCGCAGGGCUAAAACUAAUGGUAUCAGAUGGCCAAAGUUCCAGCGAACCAAUCACAGUGAAGCUUGCUGUGACGCAACCACAUCUCAGCGUCGUGACUAACACUGGCAUUCUAAUGUCUCAAGGUGAGCAGGCUACCAUUAGCACACAACAACUAGAUGUGUACGUCACUCCCAGAAACGGAGAUGUUUUGUUCAAUGUCACUCAGCCCCUGAGAUAUGGCGAGCUGCAGAUCACGCCAGCCGAUGGCAUGCCAAGAAAAGUAACCCAUUUCCAUCAGACAGAUCUGGAACAAAACCUGUUGCAAUACGUCAACACAGACACCAGUGAUAUGGAAGACGCAGUGACUGAGCAUGUCUAUUUCAGUGCCCAUCUUGGACAGCAGUCUCUGAAAGACAACACAUUUCUCAUUAAGAUCAUACCUGCUAAAGUGAAAAUGGCUACCAUGGUGCCGCUAUCGGUAGAGGCAGGACAACAAAAGGUUAUUUCACAGGCGGAACUUCAGGCAACCAUGACUGAGAAAACCUUAGACCCAGACCUAAUGUACUAUGUCCUUGAGAAGCUUCCCACCAUGGGCACGCUGCAGUUGAAAGGCAGAGAUCUCGUGGAAGGUGCCAUGUUCACACAACAAGAUGUGGCAGAUUCUCAGGUGAGCUACACUCCAAGGGUCCAAAGAGGGACUGAGGCGCAGGACCAAUUUCAGUUUAAAAUUCUGGCAGACGAUCAGUAUUCUCCCACGUACACAUUCCCCAUCAAUAUCCAGGCAGGCUCUGACUCUGCAGCCAGCACCCCAUCCAACACCCCCCCGGCCACCAGCCCGGCCGUUUUAACCAACAUGAAGCUCAACGUCCCUGAGGGAGGGGAGAACAUCAUCAGCAAGGAGCACCUCUGGAUAGAGGCGGCCAACUCGGCGGACUACGUGUACAGAAUCGCGCAAGGCCCUCAGUAUGGUCACAUCUUCAGAGAGUCCCCACCUGGCAUGCCCAGGUUUGAAGGCUCAGUGACGGUUUUCAGCAACGAAGACCUGAAGCUGAACAGGCUGGUUUACAAGCAUGACGGAGCCAGGUCAGGUGAUGAUUACUUCACCUUCCACGUGUACGAGCAGUCCGAGGGCAGCUCCAACAACGACAGACAGGAUGCCCUGAGCGGAACCUUCAUUAUAACGGUGCAGUCCAAGAACGUCCACGCCCCUGUGCGCGUCAUCGACAAGACCUUCAACGUCAUCCGGAAUGGACAGAGGCUGCUCACUACGGACGACAUCUUGUUCGCCGACCUUGACUCUGAUUUCAAUGACACGCAGUUGGUUUAUGCCCGUGAGGGGAUUUUGUCAGGCAACAUAGUGUCAGCUACAGAUCCCACUAAGGCCCUGCACCGCUUCACGCAGGCGGACCUGCGGGACCACAAAGUCCUCUUCGUCCACACAGGGGCAGAUCAAGAGCGAUUUCAGCUGCAGGUCUCUGACGGCGUGCAUAAGACAACAGCCUUGUUUGAAAUUCAAGCUGGAGAUCCCUACCUUGAAAUUGUGAACAACAGUAUUGCGGUAAUGGACCACGGCACUACAAAGACACUCAACACAACAUUGCUGAGUGCCGACACCAAUUUAGAUAUCCAAGAUGGUAGUGAAGUUGUGUAUGUGAUGACAGCGCCUCCAAAUGAUGGGAGGAUCAUUGUCAGCGGGAUCGAGGCCUCACAAUUCACACAGAAUGAUUUGAAGAAGGGAGUGGUGUCAUAUGAGCAUCAUGACUACAGUCUGAAGUCGAAAGACUCUUUCAGCUUCACAGUAACAUGUAAAGACCUUUCAGAGGACGGAAUAUUCCGCAUCAAGAUAUUCAAGAAAGGAUACCUGACUGAGCCGAAGGUGAUCAACAAUGGAAACAUAAUCGCAUAUGAAGGAGAACAUACAGUCAUCACUCAAGAUCAUUUGAAGGUCGAGCAGCCUGACAUCCUGCCCACUGAGAUGGUGUACAGCCUCAAGGAGUACCCGCGCAUGGGCCACGUGGUGAAGAUGGUCAACGACUCGGAGAGCGCAGCGCCGCCCACGCUCGACUACAUCCAGACCUUCACGCAGGAGGACGUGAACAAGGGCCGCAUCCUCUACGUGUCCACGCCGGUGCAGGGCUCGGACACCUUCACGCUGGACGUCAGCAACGGCUUCACCUCGGUGGAGGACCUGGAGGUGACCAUUAGCAUCGUGCCGCGCCUCAUCCCCGUGCAGACCUUCAACUUCACGGUGCGGGAGGGUGGCGCCGUGGCCCUGUCCCAGGAGCUGCUCAACAUCUCGCAUGCCUUCUACCGCAUGGCCAACAUCGAGUUCAUCGUGGACGAGGCGCCGCAGCACGGGGACAUUCGCUACCUGGAGGGAGACGACUUCGAGCUGUCCUCCUUCACCUGGGACGAGGUGAAGAGGAAGGUGGUCUACUACCUGCACGACAGCACCGAGACUACGGAAGACAGCUUCACCCUCACAGCGUCCGACUUUGACAACACCAGAAGGAGUUUCCCCAUCACAUUUGGUGUCACCGUCGUCCCGGUCAAUGAUGAGCCCCCAAGACUGGUGCACAACACCGGAAUAGAGCUUGUUGCAGGAGAGGAGGCCGAGAUCACCAGCCGAGAGCUGAGUACGCAGGACGCGGACACCUCGAGUGACGAGCUGAUCUACUCCAUCGAGGCGCUCACUAACGGGCUGGUGGCGCUCAAGGUGUUUCCGGAAGACGGCCUGGACAACUUCACCCAGGCGCAAGUGGACAACGCAGAGAUCCUCUUCAUUCAUCAAGGUUCUGAGUCGGGGGGUUUCAGGUUCACAGUGACAGAUGGAGAGCACACGUCGCCGCUCUAUCAGUUUGUUGUCACCGCCAGGCAGCCCAGUGUCACCGUGGAGACGGCCGAGGAGCUCGUGGUCUUCCCAGGGGCAAAACAGGCAAUCAGCAGCAGCCUGCUGAAGGCCGUGACUGAUGAGGAUGGAAAGGAGAUCAGGUACUCGCUGCAGAAGCCGCCGCGCCGAGGAAGACUCAUCAAGCAAACAGGGAAGAACCGGUUUGAGGAGAUAAUGAGCGUCUCGCAUUCAGAGCUGGAGGCUGGAAACAUCUACUACGAGCACCAGCUGCCCGAUGAACCCUUCUGGUCCCAGCAGGACUCUCUGCAGCUGCAGUCGUCAUCUCCCUCGGCCCCCAACCUCCUGCUGCCCAUCACCGUCUCCUACUCCGCCACCGACGACUCCGUCUCCUCGCAGCUCUGGAAGAACAAAGGUUUGGACGUGGUGCAAGGCCAGAAAAAAGUCAUUGACCAAUCCCGACUGGACGCCUCCAACCUACUGGCCAGCGUACCUGAGUCCGAGCGCUCCACCCAGGACGUGCUGUACAAGAUCAAGGAGUUCCCGACGCACGGGCGCCUCCUGCUGAGCGGCGUGGAGCUGCCGCGCGACGCCCCCUACUUCCUGCAGGAGGACGUGGAAGCCGGCGAGCUGGAGUACCAGCAGGACGCCGCCGACGCCGCGGCCACCUCCGACAGCUUCUCCUUCCACGCCUGGCUCAACCCCCACGACCGCGGCCCCUCCAGCCCGCCCCAGAGCGCCCUGGUGCUGGAGGAGUCCUUCAGCUUUAACGUGCGGCCGCGGGACUCCAGCCCGCCGGAGCUGGUGAGCCUGGAACUCCUCCUGGAGGUGCUGCAGGGCUCGACGGCCGUGCUCUCCAAGCAGUACCUCAACACCAUCGACGAGGACAGCACCCCCGAGCAGGUGCGCUUCAGCGUCUCCAAGAGCCCCUCCAACGGCCUGCUGGUUCUGCGCGCCACCGACGAGCAGGUCAGCGAGUUCACCCAGGACGACAUCAACGCUGAGCGCGUGGCGUUCGUCAGCGACGGGAGCCUCAACGAGGGCUUCAUGGAGUUCACGGUGUCGGACGGGAAGCACCACACCACGCCGUACACGCUCCAUAUCGGGAUUCUGGCCCACACGCUGUCGCUGACCAGGCCCAAGGAGAUCUUCGUGCUGCAAGGAGACGACCAGACGCCCAUCACAGAGUCCAUGUUGAAAGCCAGCACGGGCGGCCCCAUCGAGGAGGAGGUCCUCUACGAACUCACCAGCAAGCCCAAGUACGCCGCCGUGAUGGUGGACAGGCAGCCGACCAACGCCUUCACACAGAAACAGAUCAACGAGGGUAGAGUGAGCGUGCGCUUCGUCGCGUCGACCCAGCCCCGGGACAGCAUCCCGUUCCUGGCCCGGAGCAGGGCCGCCAACGUCUCUUCCACCCUGAACAUCUCCGUGAAGCCCCUGGCGAAGAUAGCGGAGGACCCUCUCCUGCCCAGAGGCGCGACCGUGCAGGUGGACGGCAAACUACUGGAUGCCACUCCCCUCGCCGUUAAGACCAAAACCCUGCCCACAUUCACGGUCACCCAGGAGCCCAAGUCGGCGCGCUUCGUCAGGGCUAAAGGGGAAGGUCAGGGCGAACCUGUGCACACCUUCACGCAAAAGGAUCUGGACGACGGACUCGUAGCGCUGGAGAUCCUCGACAACGCUGGGAAGCAGACAGGGGGCGAGGGUAAAGACGAGGCCCGCUUGCUCCUCAAGGCCCAUGGGGUGCCGCCCGCCGAGUGCGUCCUGCCCUUCAAAACCGCCCCCUACAGCCCCACUGGUGUGUACGGAGGCACCGUCUUGAAAACCCCGACGAUAGCCGGCCACGGCGGAGACUCCCAUCCCAGGCGGAGAGGGGACGGCAACUGGCCCUACGGAGCCGGGACGACCACCACAGCCUCCCCGGGGUCGGGCUCGCACACCCCGGUAGUGUCGCGGCGCGGCAGCCUGUGGUCCAUCCUCAUCCCCAUCCUCAUCAUCCUGCUGCUGCUGCUGCUAGCCGCCGUGCUGGCCUACUACUUUGUGCGCCGCAACAAGACGGGCAAGCACGACGUCCAGACGGCAGGCGCCGCCGCGGCCACCAAGCCCAAGAACGGCGACGUCAGCCAGGAGACGUUCCGCAAGACCGACCCGGCCAAUAACAUUCCCAUGUCCAAUAUGGAGGGCAAGGAGGCCGACCCCGAGCUGCUGCAGCACUGCCGGACAACAAACCCCAACCCUGCCCUGAAAAAAAAUCAGUACUGGGUAUGAGAGCCGACUGUUAACAACAGCAACUACAACAACAACAAGACUACAUGGACUUGCUCAGAACACUCACUGUGGAGCUAUCUCCCCCUUUCCCUCCUCCUCCUCCUCCUCCUCCUCCCCCUCCUCCUCCUCCUCUAGUUUUUUUCAAUGGCGUUUGUCCUUAUUAGCAAAUCAGAUGAUUGAGGUUAUGUUUCAUCUUUAUAUGAAAACAUUAAUAGAAAAAAAUAAACAAAUCUGUAGUUGUCUGUUCUCAGGUUUUUGUACACUGCAGAUAUCCACUGACGUUAAAAAGAAAGAAAGAAGGUAAUGCAAAGCUAUGUAUGUACGAAUUUUUGUUUCGUUUUUUUUUUCUCUAUUUAUUGUAGGACAUGUUGGACAUAAACACAUUUUUGUGUUUGAAACUUUCUCUUUAGGUUUGCUCCUACAAUGAAAUAUUCAAAUGUGCCUCUCAGUAUUAUCCUGUCUCUCAGAUUUUCUCAAGCUUAAUUUAGUAACACAGUAGUUUGUCAAAGUAUAUAUAUUUGUACAGAAAUCAAAAUUCACAUUUAGUGAUUUAAGUUACUCCUAUAAAAUGGCCAAGUUGCCAUGAAGUUAGCAUAUUUUUUUGAUGUUGUUCUUUUAUUUUUUUACAGAUUUUCAUCGCUUUUGCUUUUGUGUAACGGUGUAAUUUUUGUAUAUCCUUAAGGCUAUGGGUGGUAGUAUUGCUAACACAACUGAAAAAAGAAUUCUCCCUCUCAUCCACUGGACUGACUUAAGGCACUGAAGAAAUAUUUGCAGCGUAUGCAAUUGCGAAACCACAGAGAGGAAUUGCUCUCCAGUGGCAGUUGCCAUGACAUCCCAAAGGGGCUACAGGAAGUAGUGAGCUCAUGCUCAACCGGGCCCGAGUUUCCAGACUUGUAACGAAAAAAAAAAAUGCCAUGAAGUAUUCCUCUUCACUGUUCCCUCUCUUUUUGGCGGGAGAUUUUAUUUUUCCAUGAUAGAACAGCUACUGUAUGACAUUCACAUCUCCCCUAGUUUUUUUAAUUUUAUUUUAUAUGUUGCUAUUUCUGUCCAUUUGCCUUACAAGAAGUUUCAACUAAUGAAGAGAACAAUGACUAUUUAUGGUGAUGCUAAGAUUUGUCUUUAACUAAUUCCCCAGCCAUAUGUGUUAAAAAUGUAAAAGUGUCCUUUGAUCUUUCUUCUCACUCUAACUAUAACCUGUGGAGACACGCGUAAAGCUUUGGUUAACAUUGUGUAGUGGUGUGUGAGAUGCUUAAUAAUGAAGUCUACAUGGGAGCAAAACAUGUUAUGCUAAGUGUAAUACUAUGGAUAUGUUUUUAAUGUUGUAUAUACAUAUAUGAAGCUUACUAUGCUGAUGUAACAGUAACACCCGUGCCUUUUCACAAUGCCUUUAAAUGCCAGAUGAAGUAUUGAUAAUGAAGUUAUUUUACAUAGCAAGAUGGCAGUGUAGGCUUCCCUAAGCUUGGUCACUCGACUAAAAUAAAAUGUCAGAGUGACACAGUAUUUAAAAAGUACUUUGCAUAUGUUGCGAACAUAACUUCAAGUUCUUGAUAUUUUAGUUCUUGACAUUCAACAGGUUUCCAUUAUACAUGAAGGGAAGUGCCUCCCACCCCCUCUCUAAAAACAAGAUUAAAAUUUGUAGUAGAUCUUGUCUUUAUGUGAAACAGAGUAAUUCAAAUGUAAGAGAGACAUUUAAUGUAUUUGUAUGUAAAAGGUUCUUGUUUGUUUCACAUUCCUCUUUGUGAUGUAAUCUAAGAUGUCUUCCAAGAGUAUAAAAAAGAUGAGAAGAAAAAAAGAAAUGUCUCACAGAUCAGGUCACUGAGUUUGAUCUGUGCUACUCAAGUAGGGUACUAGUCUUAAUGAUCAUAAUCGAUGAUGGUACUAUUAUUUAUCGUAGAAUUAUGUCAUGGAUUUGUGAAAUGGUACUAACCCAAUGUAAUGGAUAUACAAGCACAUAAACAUUCCUUUUCUGGUACGUUUGCCAUUGAGAGUCUUACAUAUAAGAAAGUAUUUAUAUUUUUGUGAGAAUAUUUGGACUCAAACCAGACUGAGAUAUCUCAGGAAGUGUGUGUGGUUUUUAUCUGCAGUGCAAGAUAAGUCAGAUACAUUUUUCAAAGGCUAAGAGAUAGCUCAGGAAAUCAAACGUUUGUGUCUAUUUGUGUGUGCCAAUGAGAGUUGGGUCGUUUCUCUUUUUUUGUUGGUCUGUUUGUUUGUUUUUUUGUUUCCAGAAAUGUUAAAGGGCCUGUCCAGUAUUGAUUUAUUACUAUGUCAGUAUUAUGUUAUUUUUAGUAUUUACAAGAGAACAAUGAGAAAAACCUUUGAAUAGUUUGAAGUUGAACCCUGGGGCAUACUCACAAUAUUUAACUUCUACUGUUUUACCUUUUUGAUCACAUGAAGGACAUUGCCAAUAUCAUCAACUGCUAUUUAUUUUUUUACUCGCAAAGGACAUUAUGAGAAAAAAAUCAAUCUAUGUUGAAACUGUAACCCACCAACUGCCUCGAAAAAGUUUGUUACCCAAACAUGAAAGUUAGAAAAUAAAGGCCAAAUUCAAAAUGAA